GGUGCUAGUGGCGGGCCGCAGAGCCGGGACGCGUGGAGCCGGUGGCAUGGAGACCCGUGCCGCAGACGGCAGCUUCCUGGGCGACUUGGGUUUCUGGGUGGAGCGCACCCCCGUGCACGAGGCAGCCCAGCGGGGGGAGACCCGGCAGCUGCAGCAGCUGAUCGAGAGUGGGGCCUGCGUCAACCAGGUCAUGGUGGACUCCAUCACGCCCCUGCACGCGGCCAGCCUGCAGGGCCAGGCGCAGUGCGUGCAGCUGCUGCUGGCCGCCGGGGCCCAGGUGGACGCCCGCAACAUCGAUGGCAGCACCCCGCUCUGUGACGCCUGUGCCUCGGGCAGCAUCGAGUGCGUGAAGCUCCUGCUCUCCCACGGGGCCAAGGUCAACCCGCCCCUGUACACGGCAUCCCCGCUGCACGAGGCCUGUAUGAGUGGAAGUUCUGAGUGUGUGAGGCUUCUUAUUGAUGUUGGGGCCAACCUGGAAGCGCACGACUGCCACUUUGGGACCCCUCUGCACGUGGCCUGUGCCCGGGAGCAUCUGGACUGUGUCAAAAUGCUGCUCAACGCAGGGGCCAACGUGAAUGCGGCAAAGCUCCACGAGACGGCGCUGCACCAUGCAGCCAAGGUGAAGAACGUGGACCUCAUCGAGAUGCUCAUCCAGUUUGGAGGCAACAUCUAUGCCCGGGACAACCGGGGGCGGAAGCCAUCCGACUACACAUGGAGCAGCAGUGCCUCCGCCAAGUGCCUGGAGCACUAUGAGAAGACACCUCUGAGCCUGUCCCAGCUCUGCAGGCUACCAAAUGAAUCCUUUUCCCACCCUAAGUUUUGCUCAUUCCUUGAAGCUCUGCAAUUGGCAGAAGAGGUCGCCGGCACCUGGUGGGUACUGUCAACCGUGGAAUCAUGCAUUUUGCGGACACUUAAGGAACAUCUGUUAUGCUUCAGGCACUGCCUCAGUGUUUUGAACUGGCUAAGAAUGUGACUCACCAUCAAGGCAGGGAAAGAAACUGUUUCACAAUCUGUUUCUUUAGUAAUAGAAACAAGUAAUUCUACAUGAUAAACCAUGAGGUAACAUGACGUAGUAUGUUCAGACUGCAUCUGUCUGCUUAAGAUCUAUAUCAUAGUUUAAAAAACAAACCCAAAACCCGGGAGUUAAACUAGAGGACUUCUGUAUAAGUAGUUGAGGUCUAUUUGGUUUCAGGGGAAAUGGAGAAGGUGCCGCUUGUGAACCCUCUUGAGGGUCAAGCCUGAAGCCAUCGUCCCCAGAAAUGUGACCUCACCAGAUUCCCCCAGGAGUGUGGGGAGUAGAGUGAGCCGGGAUGGGCCAAGGUCACGCCAGUUGUGCUCACAACCAGAGGCACCUCUUGGCAGGUCUACCUGGGUGGGGCCCAGAUCUGGUGGAAAGUUCCACGCUGGCAGCCGUGGGUAUUUUCCAGCUCCUUGGUUCUGGCUGUUGUUACGAUGGUGCUUCAUCGUAUGUGGAGAUAAGAGCCCCUCCCAUUCGGCUGCAGGUGUACAUGCAUGUUCUGGGUAAAUCAGUGUAUCUGCGUGUACUAAUAAAAUUAAAAAGAGCGUUGGGUUCUGCCCUUUCAUCUCUAACAGGAACUUGCCUCUAGCCAUGAAAGUUGCUAACAUUUCCACACGUGGAGUGCUCAGGGCAGAAUCUGGUCCCCAUACUCACUGCUCAAUAAAGGUUGUUGGAGAGAGUCCAUCCUUGUGUUCACAUGGCCCUUUUCUUACUGGGGGGUGUGUGUGUGAGCGUCGUCCUAUGGGAGUUAGAGGGGCCACUGUCAUCUCCUCUGGGUUUUGGACGGUCAGGUGAUGUCUGUCUCACAUUCCCAUCUUCCCACCUCUCUGUCCCUGGUGCUGGUCUCAAUGCCACCCACGUGCGGAGAGAACCUGCCCAAGGGAUCAGAUGACUAAGAUUCUAGGGCCUCCUGUACCUACCCCUCCCCACCUUUACUGAGAUGUAAUUGACAUAAGAUCCUUCAGUCUAGACCCAUCUGUAGGGUGAGGCUGAAGACAUCUCUCCAGCCGUCUGAGCCUGGGUCUUCCCAGCUGCAGGAGAGGGAUCAAAGGUCAGACUUUGAUCAUUGAAAGGAUGUUGAUGAUCAACCACUGAAUCUUAACAAUGAGAAAAUGAGGCCCCGCUAGGCUCAGAUGUUUUUGUGAGGCCAAAAUUAGGUGAUUAGAAGAUGCCUGAAAACUGAGACGUGCUCCUCAAAUGUAAAAGUUG